AUGGUGGAGCCUGCCGCUGCGGGCCUGGGAAUAGAUCUCACCCCGCUGGACCGCUACGAGCCGAGUCGGGCCAAAGUGUGCGCCAGCGUGCGAUGGCUGCUCCAUAAAGUCCGCGAGCCCAUUCCGGAGGAGCUGUGCGACCCACUGUCCACAGACCAUUGUGGGGAACAGCAGCUGAAGCCCGUUCUGUCUCACCUGCUGCUGUCCCAGCCGCCAUACGCCCAAGCAGUCCCCGGGAGACAGGCAGGGGCCCCGGGGGACACGGCCAGCCUGCUGCAGCUGCUCAAUAAGAAAGGCAUCAGUGUGCGGACUGAGCAGGGAGCCGUGACAGAGACAGAGCUCAGCCACGCGCCUCUCGCACUGAAAGCACACCUGGCACUGGUUGACGCUCUCAUGGCACUAGCUGCUCAGGACACUCUGGAGCAGGUACAGAUGGCGACAGAGGCAGAGGUCGGUGUGGGCGCUCCCUGGGAGAACGCACUGCUCUUCUGGGUCAACAAGGUGAGCUGCUACCUGUGA